AUGCAAUUUCUUAAGGCCGCAUAUAAAAUUAACCCACUCACUGUGAGGGGUGUUGUGGUUGCUGAGAAUAGGAUUGUUAAUGAAUUUAAUUUGGUUUUAACGGAGAUUGAUACUUCAACUUCAUUAGACAAAGUACGGGAAUAUUUAACUCGAAAUGAUUUAGUGUUAAUUGGUCGACAAAACUCAAAUUUUCGAAAUAGAUUUGAAUAUAAAAUACCAUUCGUUGAUGAAAAUGAAUAUAAAUUAAAGGAUAUCUUAGUUCCAACCGAUGGAACAGGUGAAGCUGAUAGGUCUUUUUCAUUCUUUAUUGAAAAAGACUUGACAAAACCCGGUUUUCCUGAAAUUGUGAGGAACCUUAAUCUAACUAGGGGGUAUAAAACAAAAGAUGAUGCUACUGUUCAAGCAAAUAAAAGUGCAUUCCGGAUUAAGAAUUUGCAUUUAAUGAUGGUUAUAACCCAUCAAAACCUUGAAGAAAUUGAAGAUAAUAACGGAAAGUUUCUUUGUUGUGAAAAAGGCACAAUUAGAUUAUUACCGGGAGAUUUAGAAGCGACCGAAGAAUACAUUGAAGCUAUUGAAGAUGCCUUAAAUGAAGAUAUACAUGAAGAUAGAAAAAAAGCUCUUUAUAAAGUGGGUAAUGCGUAUGGGUUUUUCUGGUCAGUUGUUUUGGGUGGGAAAUUUCAAUAUGGUGAAGAACCCGAAACAACCUAUACUAAAGAGCUGGAAAAAUUAAAACAUUUUACAAAUUGGAGAAUUAUUGACCUGCCAAUUGGAAAAUUUCAAGAUAACUCAAUUGACCAUAUUUACACUAGAAGAUAUCAAUACGACGGCGAUAAUCAAAUCGAUCAUCCAAAUUUGAAAAAUGAUGAUUACUGUAUUAUUGGAACUCCUAUAUUAAAAUGUAGGGAUAUUCCUGGGUAUAAUUUCGGAAGAUCAAAAGAUGUCAUUAGUUAUCAUUUUCGUCAACGUAAUGAUGAUAUUACACAAUUACAAUGCUAUCAUUAUGAUCUUCAAACAGAUCUAAUUUGUAAUACAUUAUUAUUUGAGGUUAAUUAUGCUAUUAUCACAAAAAACAAUCCUGAUUUUAUUGUUAAUAGCGCAACCGAGAAUGAUUGGACAUAUAGAUCCUAUAAUACAUUGCCUUUGGGUCAAAAUAGUCGUACAUUCACUGGCAAUAGCAAAAUCUCUGAAUGA